CUCUCACAAGUUUCUCUGCCCUCUCUUACUACUGCUGGGGUGCGCGGCGCUCCACCCGCAGCAGCAACAGCCGGCUCCCGCUCCGCUGCCCCGCCGGGCCGCUCCCGGCCAUGGAUACUUCGUGGAUUAUGAAUGGGUUGGGUCUUGCUGAAAAAAUAAGAAGCGCAACCCAGUCGUUCACCCUCCGACUUGGUGAGCUUUUUGCAAAACCGCGUACCAAAUGCACCUACUGCGACUGCGUCAUUGACAUUAGCAAUGUUUCUUUGGUGUGGCCAGCCCUUCCUGCUGGUGUCAAAUUUGAUCCCACGGACCUUGAAAUUCUGCAGCAUCUACAAGAAAAAUCCAGCCUGCCGAAUUCAGUGUCACAUACGCUUAUUGAUGAAUUUAUACCUACUAUAAAAGAGGAGGAGGGAAUUUGCUAUACACAUCCCAAAAACUUCCCUGGUAUAAAGAUGGAUGGUAGCUACCUCCAUUUCUUUAAUAGAGUACUAAACGCAUAUGACACUGGUACCCGCAAGCGUCGACGGAUUAUUGCCACCGGCGACAUUUGUGAUGGUGUUGUUAACGGGAACAGCAGGUGGCAUAAGACUGGAGCAUCCAAACCCGUAUUUGACGAGAAUGGUGUGAGAAAAGGUUGGAAGAAGAUCUUGGUUCUUUAUAAAGCUCCCAAGAAAGUUGGUGACAGACCAGAAAGAGAGAACUGGGUGAUGCAUCAGUACCAUCUUGGUGUAAAUGAAGAUGAAAGUAAUGGGGAAUUCGUAGUCUGUAAAGUAUUCUACCAAUCGCCAUUGAAGAAAAACGGCAAGUCUAAAACAGAUGUUGUAGUCGAGUCUGAUGCAUCUGUUGCAAAAAUCAAUCCUAGGACCCCAAUGACAGAUCCUCCCCAGCGCCGUCGGCUGAACAACAGCUCAUGCAAUACCGGGCAGCAUACCCCCACUCAGGAGGAUCAGGGGGAAGAAGAAUGUGGCACAUCAAAGAUGAAGACUGAAGCCGCCGAAUGCUCUGCAUGCUUUGCUGAAUCAUCACCGGCUAUUCCUACCUCGGAUGCACCCGUGAGGACCCCAAUGACAGAUCGUCCACAGCCCCGUCGCCUGAACAACAGCCGAUGCAACACCCGGCGGUGUACCCCCAUUCAGUCGGAUCAGGGGGCAGAAGAAUGUGGCACAUCCAAGGUGAAGAUCGAAGCAGCCGAAUGCUCCUCUGCAUGCAUUGCUGAAUUAUCACCUGCUAUUCCUACCUCGGCUGAACCCAUGCAGCCUACGGAUGCCCUGGACGCGUCUCUGCCUGUGGAUGACCUGUUUCAUGGGCUGCUUGACCUGGAUAACACUCUUCCAUUCACUGAAACACCUUCAGGUGGUGGUAUCAGUUUAGAUGACAUCUUCGGACCACUGGAUAGCCUUGGGGCCUGGCCGGACGGCUUCCUCUGACGCGAAGAAGGCUCGGAGCUGGCGGCAGUGACGCUGCUGGGAGGAGCCAGUUCUGUAUAUGACUGCAGUGUGUUAAUCAUCGCCUUGCGAGAUGCUUCGUGCGCAAGAUUGCAUUUCGGCAUCUCAUGGGAAGUUUUGUACACUAAAUAGAACCGAGCUGUUUGUCUUAUCCAUGUUGUUGUGCAAUGUAUGUGUAGUGACGUUGUGAUGCCAGCCUUAUAAAAGAAAUCUAUCUAUAG